UUUAGAGAUACUUUGUGGCAAUUACUGUUUGCCAAUACUUCGAGCAGAAAGCAUGUAGAUUAUUCUCAUCGUUUCUUUAUUUAACUGAUGACCGAAGCAAAUCUGUUUUAAAUACAUACAAAAAUGGUAUUUUGAUUGAUAAUUUUCAUGCGUGUGAAUAAAUAACAGAAUUUAAGACUUGAUAAAGAUAAAAUCGUCUACAAACUGAAGUUAGUGUGAUAACUUAAUUCAGUGUAGUCAACAAAUAUUUGUGUGAAUUACAAAAUCGAGGUUUUAAACACUGUGACCAUAAAAAAACUGGCUGAUUGCUCAAAGGGUCCCUACGGAUAAAGGAAUUUCGAUGAAAUUAUUGGUUGUACUCCUUUAGAAGUUAAUUGGACCGGAUCAGGAUAACCAAACCACACAGUAUAUCAGAAAUCACCUGUCGGGUAGUAAAUGGGAGCCCGGUUUUUUUGUGGACCAUCUGCCUGAGAUAUCAACACGUCACUAAAGGCGGGCGAGAUUUGAAAAUCUUUAAAGUAUUUCGUGCUAUACCGGAGUGAGGACCGUUUGAUUUCGGGGUUUUCACUCUAUGUUUUGCAUAGAGCAGUGAAUUAAAUGCAGAUGGACUUAUCUUUAUAAAAAGAAAAUUGCGGAAAAUUGCGGCGUUAUGAAAUUAUCCGAAAAAUAAAAAUUAACAAUUUGACAUGUUUUUCAUCAUAAAAAAGAAAUAAAAACGAUUCAGUAACACAGAAACUAAGACUUAAAUAAGGAACAUUUAAGGACUAUAUGUAGGAACAAUCGCAAGUUCUAGAUGUAAAACAAAUUUGGCGAACAUAGCUUAAAGCAAAACUGGUCUGCUAACUGUUGAACAGAUAGAGGCUGUAAAACAUAUCGUACGUGUUGGAGUUGAUCAAAUUUGACGCAUGAAGACACUAUUUCCUGAUCACCAGCUCUGUAGACAAGACUGCGAUAAUUCGUUUGAGACUGAUACAAUAGCCAGAAGAUCUGACUAAAUUGAUAUCCAACAAGUGCAAUUGAUUAGUCGAGGAUAUGAAUGAAUAGUUGCCCGUCAACUAGAGGUGUACUUACCGUGAGAAAUGGGCAACGAUGAUUACAGUCAAUAUGAGUAAAUAAAUUGGUCUGCCACCAGUUGUGCGAACUUCGCAAAUCGAGGAAAUUUGAAGCACUCAACAAGCAGAAACGGAAAAAAGUUUUUGUUGUUAUUCAAGAAAUGUUGAAUGUAAAAUCUUUUUAAACUAAUUAACACUUUCGAACAAUCCAUUUCGUUUCGUUUGUGAAAAAAGCAUACACGAAUAACAAACGAAUAAAUAUCUGUUUAAUUUCAUGACAGAAGGAAAGAAAUAUCUGCAUUUAAGACAUUAAAUCAAUGGUUAUAACUACUUUGUAAAUGAAUUAGCGGAUAAUACACAAAGAUGCCACGUUCUUUCUUAGUGAAAAAGCACGAAGAAAUUCGGGCUUACCACAGCUACAAACCCCGUGACACCAACCCCGAUGAUGUCAUUGUUCCAGAUAGCAUAUAUGCCAUUACACCAUAUACCCCUGCUGUCCUACCGCUGUCUGUCAAAGUAAAUAAUGGUUAUAUACAUGACAUAGUGAGUCCAUCUAUACCUAGUGAGAGGGAGCAUGAGGACCAAGAAUCAGCUAAAGAAUUUGAUAACCAUGUUGACAAGGAGAUUGAUGACAACGCCAUUGCAGCAGAGAUUAUAAAGAAAUUUCAAAAGAAUAACUACCCAAAUGGCGUAACUAUAGGUUACACAUAUGACGCGUUCUUCGUCAGUGACGGGAGGUCUCGAGGUAAGAAUUUCGGGGAAAAGAACGGCGGUAAGCCUAGAUACACGUGUAACGAAUGCGGAAAAGAUUAUGCCACUUCCAGUAAUCUAUCAAGGCACAAACAAACGCACCGGAGUUUAGACAGCAAACUUGCCAGGAAAUGCCAUCAUUGCGGGAAAACUUACGUCAGUAUGCCUGCAUUGUCAAUGCACUUGUUGACCCAUGAUCUUAAACACAGGUGCAAUGUCUGCGGUAAAGCCUUUUCGAGACCUUGGUUACUGCAAGGUCAUUUCCGAUCUCAUACUGGUGAAAAACCAUAUGGCUGUGCGCAUUGCGGGAAAGCGUUUGCUGAUCGGAGUAAUUUGCGCGCGCACAUGCAGACACACUCUGCGUUCAAGAGCUACAACUGCAAGAGGUGCAACAAAUCUUUCGCGCUAAAAUCGUAUCUAAAUAAGCAUUAUGAAUCAGCAUGCAUAAAAGAAGACGGGAUGUGUCCAAGCAUGGACAUGGACGGAGACUCGUCUGUCUGCUCGGACGACAGUUUUAGUCAUCAUAGAAAAAUUGAAUAAGGUUAAAUAAAGCUGACAAAUUUAAAUGACUCUUACAAUAUCAGCAUUUCUUUUUGACUAUUAAAAACCUGAAUCAGUGCAAUGUGUCUUUAUUAGGAACUUUUUAUUGAGGCAAUAAAACAGUGGUAUCGGAAGGGAAUGAGAAAUAAUUGUUUUCCAAAUUAGAGGAACAAAAGUCAACAGCAAAUUGUUAGAGAAUUAUUGAAUUUAUGUAUAUACCUUUAUUGUUUUAUUUUUACACACACUUGUUUACAUUUUUGUGCAAUAUAGGACUCUUACUUUUUACCUUUUAUAUGUUUUUUGUACAUUCCGGCGCAGAAUGUUUUAUUGUCAUUUCUUUACUCAUUAUAUGACAAAACAUUGUAUUUUUAUAUGAAAAUACAUUUAUUUCAGCAUUUUAUAUAGGAUAUCUCUGAACCAAACAAUAUUUCAAUAACUGGAUGAAAGGCGUUAAAAGUAACUUAAGUAUUUUAUUUUCUACCAUAACAGUAUUUCAAAAUGUAAGCUAAGGACUAUGCGGAUCCAUAAUGACACAUGGACGCUAUGGAAACAUAACAAUAUAAUUUGAACAAAUUUGAUAUCAAUCCGCCUAAUCUUAUCUUUAACAUAG